AUGUGCAGUCUUGGCGGGUAUGCAUGGGAGACAAAAGCUGAAGCUCUGGCACAGGCCGUCAGGCUGGUGCAUGGUCCGGAGCAUUUCGGCGUCUCUACCUUGUCGACGAGAUAUCCAGCAGACCACGCAAUCGCCGAUCUGGCUGGCAGCGUCAUCUCAGGACCGGAAUACUUUGCACCAUGCGAUACCGAAACAGGUUCGCUUCUCUACCUUGGACUGACUGUUUCGCAGACCUGGAGAAACGUGCUCCAUAGCAAAGCCAAAAACGCCACGAUUAGCAUCGCAUCCAACGCAGAUCCUGCAGUUCCGGAUCCGCGUCAUGCUUCCAAGCACCAAUGGGACAAGCAGAGGCCCUCUUGGCGACGUGGGAUGCCCUCCAAGCCGCGAGUCACCCUCUUUGGCCACUUCGACCUUCUCAACGCCACUCGCCAUCCCGACCAGGCCGAGAAAGCCUUGAGUUGUUACCUCGAACAUCACCCGGAUGCAAGUCAUUGGGCUCCGAAUGCGACCGAGUCUCCGCACGUACCCUUCUGGGCGCAAUUCAGUGUCGAUAAAGUUUACUGGAUAGGCGGCUUCGGAGACGAGCACUACAUCGGCUGGUUCGACAGCAACGAAUGGCACACGGCGUUGAAGGAACAUCAUUCGUCGGAUGUACACCACCAGCUCGAGCACUCUGUUCCCAGAUUCGUCAUUCAGUAG